CUCCCAAAGGGACUUCUUCUCUUCACCUCAGGCAAUCUUCCUGAACCGAACUCGAGUUUGAGCCAUCCGCUGAUUACUUCACAUCCAAUAAAUCAUGGGAGACUACACCCCAGAUACUGCUCCCUCUCUGGAGCCGGGAGUUUUGGAACCUCCAAAGCAAACCAAUACUCCUCACAGCCAGAGCUCCGUUCUUUAUCAUCAACUUCGUCAGCCACCACUGAACAUAGUCGGAGGCCGGGGAAGUUAUCUGAUCACUGAUUCGGGCCAAGAAAUCCUCGAUGCCACUUGUGGUGCCGCCGUUUCUUGUCUUGGACAUAGUGACACAAGAGUGCAUGAAGCCAUUAUGGAGCAGUUGCAGAAAGUGCCUUACACCUAUUCGCUUUACUUCACUAACAGCGCCGCCGAAGAACUUUCCAAGAUUCUAGUUGACUCCACGGAAGGGAAAAUGUCCCGUGCUUUUAUCGUGAGCUCAGGAACCGAAGCCGUUGAAGCUUCUCUUAAGAUGGCAGUACAAUAUUACAUGGAAAUGCCAAUUCCACAGCCACAGCGUAUGAAUUUUAUUGCUCGCAAGCAGUCAUACCAUGGAAAUACUCUAGGUUCUCUCUCGGUGGGCCAUCAUCUUGGCCGCCGGGCCCUUUACGAGAAGGUGUUGGCCAAGAAUGUCCACCAUGUGUCGCAGUGUUAUCCAUACCGGGAAAUGAAAGAUGGGGAGACUGUCGAAGCAUAUGUUGCUAGACUUGCACAAGAAUUAGAGGACAAGUUCCAGGAAUUGGGUCCGGAUACUGUCUGUGCAUUUGUAGCAGAGACAAUGACCGGUACUACACUGGGAUGUGUACCUGCUCUUCCAGGCUACUUGAAAGCCAUGAAAGAAGUGUGUGAGAGACACGGAGCUUUGUUGAUCUUGGAUGAAGUCAUGAGUGGUAUGGGACGAACAGGCACUCUACACGCAUGGGAGCAGGAAGACGUCGUUCCCGACUUACAGACCAUGGCUAAGGGACUCGGUGCUGGCUAUGCUCCGAUCGCCGCUCUUCUCGUGAAUCAGCAUGUCGUGGACACUUUGACGAAAGGGACGGGGGCGUUCUCUCAUAGUCAAACCUACCAAGGCCACCCUAUUUCGUGUGCGGCGGCUUGUCGCGUACAAAAGAUUAUCCAAGAGGAUAAUCUACUCCCCAAUGUUCGCAAAAUGGGUGAAUACCUCGGUCAACUCCUCCAUCAGAAGUUCGGAGAGAACUCUCAUGUCGGGGAUAUCCGUGGAAGAGGGCUCUUCUGGGCGAUUGAGUUUGUUCAAAAUAAGGAAACGAAGGAGCCGUAUCCUCCAUCAGAAUCUGUCGCUUGGGCUAUCCAUAAAGCUGCAUUGAAGCCAGAAUACUCCAUCUCGUUGAUGCCAGGAAACGGGGGAAUAGAUGGAAUCAAUGGUGAUCAUAUCUGCUUUGCCCCACCAUACAACUGCGCCAAAGAAGAUAUUGAGAUGAUUGUUGAUCGGGCUGCACGGGUUGUUGAAGAAGUCCUUGGGAAAUAGCUUUUUUCAACGAAUGCGUGACGAUAUUCACGAUGAAGUCUCAUAGUUUUCGGCUAAGCGGAG